CCUCCCUUCCGCUUCUGUCUCUAGUCCAGUCAUCUCCUUCCGCCUGGUUGUUUCCAGGGUAACUAGCCGCGCCGGUCGGAGACGGCUGUCGCCCGCCCGCCCUGCUCACGGACUACACAUACCGCCUGAAAAACAGCCACCUCUGAGGUGGUGAGGACAGCAAUUGGGCUGACAUCAGUUGUACAAGACAACAGUGGAAGGAAAGGAGUUUUGGCCAAAGCCUUAUUUUGUGGGAUUGAUUGGAGUCAGAUCAUGUCCACUCCUCCUCUCGCUGGGGCAGGGAUGCCUCCUGGUGCUUUCUCAGGUCCACAGGCUCAAGCAGCCCGAGAAGUGAACACAGCUUCUCUCUGUCGCAUUGGCCAAGAGACUGUGCAGGAUAUUGUAUUUCGGACAAUGGAAAUCUUUCAGCUACUGAGGAAUAUGCAGCUACCAAAUGGUGUUACUUAUCAUACUGGGACAUACCAAGACAGAUUAGCAAAGCUGCAAGAACAUCUCCGUCAGCUAUCAAUACUCUUCAGGAAACUGAGAUUAGUCUAUGACAAAUGCAAUGAAAACUGUGCAGGGCUAGAUCCUGUUCCCAUAGAGCAACUUAUUCCAUAUGUUGAGGAGGAUGGAUCCAAGCAUGAUGAUCGUGGUGUUGCAAGCCAGCUUCGUUUUGCUAGUGAGGAAAGAAGGGAAAUCAUGGAAGUAAAUAAGAAACUGAAACAGAAGAAUCAGCAGCUGAAGCAAAUUAUGGAUCAAUUACGGAAUCUCAUUUGGGACAUAAAUGCCAUGUUGGCAAUGAGGAACUGAACUAUGAUACAAUUUAAGUAUUUUUUGUAAUUAUGAAAAUAGACUUUCUUUAUUUUUUUGAAAAUACAUAAUUUCUUUUUUCUAAAAAGCCAUUCAUUUUCCCCUCUCCUUAUCCCACUGGUAUACAAAACUCCUUUAAUGUUACUAUGUGGUUUCUUUUGUGAUAUUUAAAUGUAUUGGUUCUGUUUAUGUAAACAAUUCAUCAUGUAAUUUGUACACACAAUAGAGACUCAUUUGUGUUUACUACAAUAAGCUUUGUAACCUAUAGUCAUAUUUUGGUUAGCAUUCCAAUUCCGCUGUUUUGGGGUUUUUUUAAAGCUGACUUCAAAACUUGUGUUUUUAAAUAAAUUUCUCAAUGUUUAAACAAAUAAAGCUUUUGUUUAAAAUAUA